UGACGUAAUUCGCAAUCUCAUAACCUGGGAGAUUUCCAAAUAUUAUAUCAUUUUUGGACCCCAGCUAGCAAUAUCAAUCAUGCCUAGAGGAGGAAGAAGUCGCGGAAGAUCCUUUUCACCAGUUCGGGCUGCACCGCCCAGGACCAUGUCGCCUGCCCCCCAGAGAGCCCCCGUGCCAGCCCAGCAGCCAGCCACAGCUAUGGGCCAAUCAAGAGGGCCAGGACUUAUGGGUCAGAUGGCAGCUACUGCUGGGGGUGUAGCCAUCGGAUCAGCAUUGGGUCAUGCCGUCGGACAUGCUAUGACUGGUAGUGGUAGCAGCCAGCAACCCGAUGUCACCUACCAAGAGCAGCCACAACAGCAGCAGCAGCAACAGAACCCUUGCCACUAUGAGAUUCAGAAAUUCAUGCAGUGUGCCGAAACCCAGAAUGAUCUCAGUUAUUGUGACGCAUUCAACAUGGUUCUCAAAGAUUGCAAGAGAGCAAAUGGUUUGGCAUAACAGCCGAUGAUCAUACGCUUUUCUAUUUUCUUACAUCGUCCUAUGUCUGGCCUCUGUCCACUGCAGCUUUUACAACAGAUGAAAUGGAUUAUUCUAC